CGUUAACGUUUUUCGGCUAGUUAUUUAGGCAAUGAAACAAAUAUCACAUGCAUCCAUGUAGUAGUACUCGUAGUUUUAAAACUGGUUGUGUGUGCAACACGGAAAGCUUCCACAUUAUUACAAGCUACCACAUUUUAACACAACCUUACACCUUAGCCAUCAACAUAAUCACAGCGUCAUUUAUACCUAUUAUAAUUUAUUAUAUGAAUUCACUGAGUGAAUAAAAGUGCUCCAAUGUAGUUGUCAAUGGAGCUUGUGACCACUAGGUGUCGCUGUUAAUUGCAGCGACAGGGAAAAAUACUGUAUCUCCUCGGCUUCCGUACCUUACGAAAGCAAAUGUUAGCAUCUCCGCUAAUUGUGAUAGUAGCCGCUGACAUUGAGCUUCCACAAAGCGAACGCUGACUUUUUAUUUGGGAUUAAAACAGGUCGUCGUCAUGGUAACAGCAAAGCGCCUAGCAGACAUUGGCUAUCGGGCCUUUUCGGGCUCCAUGAUGCUGCUAACCAUCUACGGGGGCUACCUGUGCGCCUUGAGGGGUUACCGCUUCAUGCAGAAGCAGAAGCAGCUCCAGCUGGCCGCUGAAAACCAGGAUCCGGAAGUUAUUAAGGACUAAUGGACUGGACCCCCGUAACCCCUCCCCCCCCUUUUUUUGUGAUGUUCAUUUUAUUCCCUGCAGGACAUUUUGGAAUGCAAUGCAGUUGUGUGUAACAUAUUAAAAUGUGUGUAAUUGCACCACAUGAACAGCAUAUUACACCAACAAAAUGUAUAUUUGGAGAAGGCAGCGAUGUGAGAAGACAUGUUGGUACCUGAAACCUGUACAGGCAGUGACUACUUCAUCUCUAUGUGGUCUCAGUUAAAAACAGGAAUAAAAAAAAAAGUAACACGAAAAAAGACUGACUGAGUUAAAAUACAUCAACUUGUUCCAAACAAGAGUGUGUGAAAUGCAAAGAUCGCAAAGCGUCCGAACGUACUCGU